GAAGAAUUUAUGUUGGCCUUUCUGUUAAUAAAGCUUUGCUUCGUUUCAUCAACUUUCACUUUGAGUUCAGAUUCUUUACUUUACUUUCUGAUUCAUCCAAACUAAAGCCUUCUGUUUUUUGAAGUUCAUAUCAUAACUAUUCUGCAAAAAAGUUUCCUUUUUUGGGUUUAUUUAUCUGUUUUUUGUUGGCGGUUAUUGCUGCUCAUAUCUGCAUAAUGAAGUCUCUCAACUAUGCUUCUGUGCCACCGGAUUCUAAGAGCAGAGCAUUUUGCACUCUCUUCAUCGCAGCUUCCUUGAUUUGCAGUGCUUACUUCGUUGGCAGUUCUUUUCUUGGGAAGGAAUAUUUUCAAAAAUGGAAAGUAAUUGACAGAGUGCCGAGUGCAAUACCAAGUCUCUGCAAGGAUUAUUGCAAGCCUGUUGGAACUGAGGCACUGCCUUAUGGAAUUGUUACAAGAAAUUCAGAUUUUGAAAUGCGGCCUCUAUGGGACAGUCCUUUGGAAGAUAGCAAGCCAAAGCCUUCAAAGAGCCUGUUAGCACUUGCUGUUGGAAUUAAACAAAAAGAAGUAGUGGACCGAAUUAUUCAGAAGUUUCCUUUAAGUGAUUUUGUUGUGAUGCUUUUUCAUUAUGAUGGUAAUGUGGAUAAAUGGAGGGAUUUUCCAUGGAGCGACCAUGUAAUUCACAUCUCUGCAGUGAACCAAACUAAAUGGUGGUUUGCAAAACGGUUCCUCCAUCCUGACGUAGUUGCUGAAUAUGAUUACGUGUUCCUUUGGGAUGAAGACUUGGGAGUUGAGAAUUUUAAUCCAAAACGAUAUAUAUCCAUUGUUAGGGAAGAAGGGCUUGAAGUAUCUCAGCCUGCACUUGAUCCUACAAAGUCAACUAUCUACCAUUAUAUUACUGCACGUCAAUCUAGAUCAAAAGUACACAGAAGGAUUUAUAAAUUCAAAGGCGGUGGAAGGUGUUAUGGCAACAACACUGCUCCUCCAUGCGUAGGUUGGGUGGAAAUGAUGGCACCGGUUUUUUCAAGGGCAGCUUGGCGAUGCACAUGGCAUAUGAUCCAGAAUGACUUGAUCCAUGCCUGGGGUCUCGAUUUUCAGCUCGGUUAUUGUGCACAGGGCGACCGAACAAAAAAUGUUGGUGUUGUUGAUUCUGAGUACAUAGUUCAUCUCGGUCUUUUAACUCUCGGUGUUUUCAAUGAAAGUCAGCCGAAUUCUCAUUCCAUUACACAAGGGGAGCUUCCACCAAAUCAGAAGGUUGAUGAACCAUCGGAGUCUCGUUUAGUUGAUAAAAGAAUGCAGGUAAGACAACAAUCCCAUCUCGAAAUGGAGAUCUUCUUAGAUCGGUGGAAAAAUGCGGCAGACAAGGAUAAAUGUUGGGUUGAUCCAUUUCGGCAAUCGAUAAACUAGUGUUAAAUUAUAUUCAAGGCCUUCAGCUGAUAACCAUAUGACGGUUGGUGGCCGAGCUUCCAUGCACAGCGCGACUAAUGUCUAUACUCACCGUCCGCCAUAUUUUUCCGAGGCGGAGUUGUAAAGUAUAUCCGGAUCUUCAAGGAUCUUGUUGUUGUUUCUUUGAUGUUGCACCAUAGCUAGUGGUGAUCAUGAUUCUUUUUGAUAUUCUUGUUUAGAAGAGAAGUGGCAGAGAUGUAGCUAAGAUUAUUUUUUCUUUUGUUUCUGUCCAUUUAAAUUAUGGAUUUUUUGUGUAAAUACUUUGAUUUGGGAUAGUAAUGUAAAUAUAUAUUUUUUUUGUGGCGAA